AUGGCGGAGGUACCAAGGAAUACGCUCCUACAGGCCUGCAUGUGGAUUCUGUUCUGGGCCGCCCUUUUUCCAUUUGGAGGGUGCGUCGAUGCUCACAAGAAAGAUGGGCCUGGAAGAGAGUACAUCCGGGGGAGUUUGUCCAGUCAGAGUGCUGGUAUUUCAGGCGCCCCUGUGCUUGCGAGGCAGCGUAUUGGAAGUCAGAUCCCAGAAAUGUAUCGCGCAGCCUCGACAAAGGCCUUCAAAAACAAGAUGGACUCGGACGUUCAGGUAACUACGCCACAAGCGAUCUCCGGGAAGGCACUCACGACCAAGAAAGAUGAGGCCGUCCGGGUAGCGGACUCCGAAGUGGCCUCUCUGAAUUAUUUUGAUCCACCUGCCAAGUCCAUGCUAUUCCUGAGUGGAAAUCAUAAAGACCUUGAAUCUUUGACUUUGGCGGACAUACUUCUGGCAACGGAUAUUGAGGGGGGCUUGCAUGCCCUUAAUAGGGAUAAUGGGCAACUUCUAUGGUCGAUUCCGAGCGACAAGCUGUCCCCACUGCUCACUGUUUCGGAGCCCACGAGUCUGAAUAAUGAGACCUUAAUAGUGGAACCUUACGGUGACGGGAACAUAUAUUACUUCAGCACAUAUCAGGGUUUGCAGAAAUUACCAGUAACCAUAAAGCAUCUGGUUGAUCUUUCCCCCAUGGACCUGAAAACACAAAUUAUCGUCGACGAAUUGGGGACUACCCUAGAGGAUGAAAAGAUUUACACUGGCUCUCGUACCACGGCUAUUUACACAAUAGAUGUGUUUACCGGUGAUAUUAUUUCUGUAUAUGGACCUGGUACGGAGAAGAAGGCAUACAAUACAACACAGGUUAAUUGUACGCGGGAUUCGUUCCACAACGAUGGGUGCGAAAACAUAUUGGUAAUUGGCAAGACAAUAUACGAGCUUGGGAUCCACACGAAGGACAACACUGUUUACAAUGUGACCUACGCCCAAUGGCAACAUAAUUCGAUAGAUAAUUACCUGGCAUCCAAGAACAGGAAGUCACAAGACGGUAUAUAUGUCGCUCCCUUCCGUGACAAGUCAUUGCUAGCUAUUGAUUCUGAUUUCAAGAUGGCGAAGUGGGUUUCUCCAAAAUUCACGGGGAUUAUUAACAAUGUGUUUGACAUAUACCUGGACUACUCCACCAACGAAAAGAUACUGCUUCCUCAUCCCUUGAAACCACCGGAAGAUACAGAUAGCAGUAAUCUGCAGGUGUAUCUUGAUCAAACAGAAAAUCAAUCAUGGUUUGCUUUAUCCAGUGAAUAUUUCCCGUCUUUAGUUGAAACAGCACCCAAGUCAAAAUUUAGUGUGAGCGAGAAAUGGAGGAAUACGAGGAUUUUUGAGGAUAGUAAUCUAUUUAAGGCGGCUAUCUAUGGUGUUCAUGAGCUGGAGCACUCACCCUUCGACAACUUUUUUAUUAAUGACCAGGAGUAUCACUAUGAUGCUUUUCUGGAUAAUAACGGAAAGCUUUUGGACCCAAGUCCUAAUGAAAAGCUUCCAUAUAAUGUAUUAGAUUCCAAGUCGGUGGAACGAUACAUGUCACCAGAUGAAAUUCUUCAAUACAAGAUUAGGCUUCACGAACAAGUUACACGUGAUGUUUUAUCGAGAGGCUCUGAUACCUUUGCUUCGCUAUUUGCCCGUUUCAUAUACAGGGUCUUUGAAAGUGGGCUGGUUCUCAUUCUUUCCGUAUUUUUGGUUAUAUUACUAUCGAAUUUUAAAUUGAUUCCGCCAGUACAUGUCUUACUGGAGCGGGGGGGUAUCAUCCCAAAACAACCGCUGGUGGCUGCAACAGUUGAUAUUACCGAGAGCGUUGCUGUUGAUCAGCGGGAACCAGAACAAGAUCGAUCGGUCGGUAGCGACGAUGCUAAGGGUACAGAUGCCGAGAAAUCUGAUGGGCAGGGAGAUGAUGAAACAAGGGAAACUGAGAAAAGGAAAAGGAAAAGAGGGAAGAGAGGAGGCAAAAAUAACAAAAAACGGCCAACGAUCGUUGAAAAUGGGCAGUCUAUUCGGAUCUUUGAAAACGAGAAUGAUCUAAAACACUUGGCAAUUUCUGAUAAAAUUCUUGGUUAUGGAUCAUCAGGGACUGUUGUUUUCCAAGGUUCUUUUCAGCAUCGGCCAGUUGCAGUCAAAAGAAUGUUGAUCGACUUUUUUGACGUUGCCUCGCAUGAAAUCAAGCUUUUGGCAGAAAGUGAUGAUCAUCCGAAUGUGGUAAGAUAUUAUUGUUCUGAAGUUACUGAGAAGUUCCUUUAUAUUGCUUUAGAGCUUUGUACGGCGACUCUCGAAGAUGUGAUAGAAUUAAAAGGCGACUCUCCGAAAUUCCUUGAACUUCAGCAGAGGAUAAACCCGAUUAAUGUUCUAUUCCAAAUUGCAUCUGGGAUUUCGCAUCUGCAUUCAAUGAAAAUUGUCCACCGGGACCUAAAACCACAGAAUAUAUUGGUUGCACCAAGCAAAGCUUUUUUACAUCAAAAUCAAGAUGUCAGUUCUAUCAGAAUACUUAUUUCUGAUUUUGGUCUUUGUAAAAAACUGGAAGCUGAAGAAUCAUCCUUCAAAACGAAUAUCAAUAACGCUGCUGGUACAAGCGGUUGGAGAGCACCUGAAUUGUUAAAUGGCAAGUUGAGUAUUCUGGAGACUAUUGAAAGCGAAGAAUCUUCAACCACACAGGAUACUGCGAAAACCACGCAGUCUUCAGAGCCACUAGUAUAUGACCCAGUGACGAAAAAGCGUUUAACGCGCGCAAUUGAUAUUUUUUCACUUGGCUGUGUGUUUUACUAUGUUUUGUCGAAGGGCAAGCAUCCGUUCGGUGACAGAUUCGUCAGGGAAGGGAAUAUUUUAAAGGGAGAAUACUCUCUGGAAGACCUGAAUAAGACUCUCAGGGAUAGAAGUACAGUACUAGAAGCUAAGAAUUUAAUUGAACAAAUGAUCCAAUAUGACCCCCUAAAGCGCCCAACUGCGCACCUGCUAUUGAGGCACCCACUGUUUUGGCCAGUGCCCAAAAAGUUGGAAUUUUUAUUAAAAGUAAGUGAUAGGUUUGAAAUUGAGAGGAGAGAUCCCCCUAGUCAACUUCUUCUAAAAUUGGAGGCAUCCUCUACAAAGGUGAUUCCAAAUAAAGACUGGCAUGCAAAGUUUGAUCAGGUGUUCAUGGAUAACCUUGGAAAAUAUAGGAAGUAUCAUGGAGAAAAGCUGAUGGACUUGCUUCGGGCUUUAAGGAAUAAGUAUCACCAUUUCCACGAUCUCCCUGAAGAAUUAGCCGAGUUAAUGGGUCCAAUUCCCGAUGGAUUUUAUUACUACUUCAUAAAGAGGUUUCCAGACCUACUUAUGGAAAUUUACUAUGUUGUUAAGGCAAAUCUCCGCGACGAUCAGAUUCUUACUGAGUUUCUUUGA